CGGGGGACUCUUUUUCCCCGUGCACACCCCAGGCGACUUUUAUGUUCCGGGGUUGUGAGGGACUUGUUUAGGUAAGCGUUCCUGUUCGCUUCUUCCGGCAGCUGGUUCUGCUAUGGCGGAGGGUAACGGACAGGCGUUGAUGGAUCUGCCGCCUCACGAAUGUCCCGGCACAGGCAGCGACCAGGCGGGCAAGGCGGCCGCCUGUCAGGGAUGCCCCAACCUGGGCUUGUGCGCCGCAGGGAGGACCGCGGGCCCCGACCCGGCUAUUGAGGAAAUAAAAGAGAAGAUGAAAACAGUGAAGCACAAGAUCCUGGUACUGUCUGGUAAAGGUGGUGUGGGAAAGAGCACAUUCAGCGCUCACUUGGCGCGUGGCUUAGCAGAGGAUGAAACCAAACAGGUCGCUGUGCUGGACAUUGACAUAUGUGGGCCAUCAAUCCCUAAAAUUAUGGGCCUGGAAGGUGAACAGGUUCACCAGAGUGGUUCUGGAUGGUCUCCUGUGUAUGUCGAAGAAAACUUAGGUGUGAUGUCGGUGGGUUUCCUGCUCAGCAGCCCUGAUGAUGCAGUUAUUUGGAGAGGACCCAAAAAAAAUGGAAUAAUUAAGCAGUUUCUCCGGGAUGUGGAUUGGGGCAAAGUUGACUACCUGAUUGUAGAUACACCUCCAGGCACGUCGGAUGAACACUUAUCCAUAGUACAGUAUCUCAGUGCUUCCAGUAUAGAUGGGGCAGUGAUCAUCACCACUCCUCAGGAAGUGGCACUUCAGGAUGUUCGGAAAGAGAUCAGUUUCUGCCGAAAGGUGAAGCUACCAGUCAUAGGAGUUGUUGAAAACAUGAGUGGCUUUGUAUGUCCAAAAUGCAAGAAAGAGUCACAGAUAUUCCCCCCAACAACUGGAGGCGCAGAGAAAAUGUGCCACAACUUAAACAUACCUCUCUUGGGGAAAGUGCCUCUGGAUCUUCACAUAGGAAAAAGCUGUGACAAAGGACACUCGUUCUUGUCUGAGGCACCUAACGCUCCAGCUACAUUAUCCUAUAGGAACAUAAUCCAAAGAAUUCAAGACUACUGCAACCAUAACCACCUGCAAGAAGACGAAAACACUUAACUAACAAAUGAAAUUCAGAAUGUUACCCGAAUCCUUUAUAGGAAUUUAAAGCCUCGUCUUGCAGAUAAAAAUCAUUUUCAGUAA